AUGCCACCCAUCCUCCAGCACGUGCAGCAGGCCACCAAGAUGAUGAGCCGAAGGAAAAUCCUGCUGCUGGUGCUAGGGUGCAGCACCUUAAGCCUCCUCAUCCACCAGGGGGCACAGCUCAGCUGGUACCCCAAGCUGUUUCCUCUGAGCUGCCCGCCUCUGCGGGACUCACCGCCCCGCCCCAAGCACAUGACUGUGGCCUUCCUGAAGACGCACAAGACUGCAGGCACCACCGUCCAGAACAUCCUGUUCCGCUUCGCCGAGCGCCACAACCUGACGGUGGCCCUGCCGCACCCGAGCUGCGAGCACCAGUUCUGCUACCCACGCAACUUCUCGGCACACUUCGUGCACCCAGCCACGCGGCCACCACACAUGCUAGCCAGCCACCUGCGCUUCGACCGCGCGGAACUCGAGCGCCUCAUGCCACCCGGCACCGUCUAUGUCACCAUCCUGCGCGAGCCGGCCGCCAUGUUCGAGUCGCUCUUCAGCUACUACAACCAGUACUGCCCGGCCUUUCGGCGCGUGCCCAACGCGUCGCUCGAGGCCUUCCUGCGCGCGCCCGAGGCCUACUACCGCGCCGGGGAGCACUUCGCCAUGUUCGCGCACAACACGCUGGCCUACGACCUGGGCGGCGACAACGAGCGCAGCCCGCGUGACGACGCCGCCUACCUGGCGGGCCUCAUCCGCCAGGUGGAGGAGGUCUUCUCGCUCGUCAUGAUCGCCGAAUACUUCGACGAGUCGCUGGUGCUGCUGCGGCGCCUGCUGGCCUGGGACCUGGACGACGUGCUCUACGCCAAGCUCAACGCGCGCGCCGCCAGCUCGCGCCUCGCCGCCAUCCCCGCGGCGCUGGCGCGGGCCGCGCGCGCCUGGAACGCGCUCGACGCGGGCCUCUACGACCACUUCAACGCCACGUUCUGGCGCCGCGUGGCGAGCGCCGGCCGUGCCUGCGUGGAGCGCGAGGCGCGUGAGCUGCGCGAGGCCCGGGAGCGCCUGCUGCGGCGUUGCUUCGGCGAGGAGCCGGUGCUGCGGCCCGCCGCGCAGAUCCGCACCAAGCAGCUGCAGCCAUGGCAGCCCAGCCGCAAGGUGGACAUCAUGGGCUACGACCUGCCCAGCGGCGGCGCCGGGCCAGCCACCGAGGCCUGCCUCAAGCUGGCCAUGCCCGAGGUGCAGUACUCGAGCUACCUGCUGCGCAAGCAAAAGCGCCGGGGCGGCGUGCGGGCUCGGCCUGAACCGGUCCUGGACAAUCCUCCGCCCCGGCCCAUCCGGGCGCUGCCCCGCGGCCCCCAGGGCCACUGA